UCGUGCGCACAAGUAUCCAACAGAUACGGAUACAUCGACUGCUACAGCGCAGCAUUUUACACACAAAAACUGCAACAACAACGAGCAAGUUUUUCAGCUAUUGUCAACAAUAAUAAUAAGAACAUCAACGAUUAUUCAAACAAAGCAACAGUGCAAACCCACACAAACAUACACCCACACACAUCCACAAACUCACAUACGAUAUUGCAACGGCUACAGUAAUGUGCUGCCUGCAUCUGAAGAACUUUAAAUGCGCGAUUCGUGUGCCCACCGAGCGGUCAGUGAACACUUUGUCCACGUGCCACAAGAGUUAAAUUAGGCAGCAAAUCAAUUGAAGGGCUUGAAAACCCAGUCUACUAAUUUCAGUAAAAACAUACACAGAGUAUCGACUCAUACAUCUUAACACUCUCACCACGCACUCACUUUAAGUCAUCGCGCUGUUAGGGGCAGCAUGCCACGCCCACGCCCACUACCGCCGCUGCCGCUGCUGCUGUUCAGCCUGCUCAGCGUGCUGGGCGGUCUGGUGCUGGCACAGCGUCCACUUCUGAACCAUACCUUCAACUCGCUGCCGAUGUCGCAGCAUCAGAGCAACAGCUACAACAACUACAACUAUCAGGGCCCAAACAAGCAGCUGCGCAACGGCCGCCUCCAUGAGCAGCCCCAACCGUUGCCGCUGCCCACAUUGCCCGGCCUGGCGCAGCCCGUGCAUGUCUAUGAUGACUACGAGGGCGAGGGCAGUCAGGGCACCUUUGGCUCGCGUCCACCGCCGGGCAGUCGACGGGAUACAAGACGUCGCCAGAACUUGUCACAAGUAGGCGCAGGCGGUAUACCACGACCUGAACGUGGCAAUGGACAGCGGGGUAUUGAGUCGCUGCGUAAGGAGCUGCUAAAACCUUCAGUGGGUGGCCCCGGCGGCGGCAUAUCCGGUAGCAGCGCCGGCUAUGCCUCCUACUCGGGCACCUCGUCCAUCGGCAAGAUCGAUGGCCAGGGCGCUAUUGGCUCAGCGGAUCGUUAUGGCGAAAAAUUACGUCAGCCGACAGCGGGCUCCGAUAAUCUGCCCAUUCGCUCGUAUCCGCGCAAGAAUCCCCUUAACGAAUUGCGUAAACUAAAGAAGAGCUUCAAUCAGGCUGAUGAGCCGGCUGGUGGCGUCACACACGGCAAUAUGGAAGGUGAUACCGACAUUGAUGGCGACCAAAUCGAUCCCAUACAGCAGAUUAAGGAACGCAUACGAGAUACAGCGCCCAAGCCCAACACCUACGCACCGCAUACGGAGUCGACACCUUCGUCGGAAAUGGAAGAUUUGCUGGGCGUCAAGUGUAAUUUCGAGACCUCUUGCGCCUGGGUCUGGACAAAGAAUCUGAUGGAUGGUUUCCAAGUGAUUAGCGGCACAGAGCUCGCGAAGAAGAAUAUGACUGGUCUGAUGCCUGGACCCGUGGCCGAUAGCAUUGACGAUGCCAAUGGUCACUUUCUUUAUGCUCGAGUACAGCCCGCAACGAAGCAGUUGAACCUGACUUCACCCUGGUUUAGCACCACACUAGAGAAAUGCAUCUUGGAGGUGUAUAUGCACCAGAGCGACAUGAGUCACGGACUGUCUCGGGUGGUUGUGGAGCCACUACAUCCGCAGGAGAGCAGCUGGGUGCCUGCGGAAAUUCAAGGCGACAACUUUCGCUCCUGGACACAUCGAUUAUUUCGUCUUGGUCGUAUUUCGCGAGACUUUCGAAUUGUGUUCGAGAUUGUGCCGGAUCUUAAGCAGGGUCAGAAAGCGCAUGUGGCGCUCGAUAAUCUACGCAUGGUUAACUGUUUUCCCGAGGGCACCAAAUCGGAAAAGUGCAGCACCUCGCAAGUCAAGUGCAUGAUGAACAAAGUGCCCGUCUGUAUUCCAUUGCCGCGUAUCUGUGACAUCACUCGCGAUUGCGACGAUGCCGAAGACGAGUUGCAGUCAUGCGACAAGAUACCCUUUGGCGGACGCUGUGACUUUGAGGAGGAUUGGUGCGGCUGGCGGGACUCUGGCAAGACAACAUUGACUUGGUCCCGUCACACGGGUUCUUCUCCCACCCAUGACACUGGCCCCGAUGGCGAUCACACACAGCAACAUCUGCUCAACGCCACUGGUGGCUACUACAUGCUUGUCAACAUGAAUCAGCACAUCAACAACUCGGAGAAGAACUCUAUCAUUGGCUUUGCCAGCAAUGCCAUAAUGUUAAGCAAAACAUUUAACCCGCCACCUUCGGUUCAUGGUAAUCCCGACUCACCCUACCGGAAUUCAUGUGUGGUGCGUUUUUAUAUUCAUCAAUUCGGCAAAAAUCCGGGCAGCAUUAAUCUAUCUGUUGUGGAGAUGAAGGAGAAGGAGAAUAUUACAACUACUCUCUGGUGGAGCACCAAGAACCAGGGCAGUGAUUGGCUACGCGCCGAGUACGUGCUACCCAACAUUACCUCGAAAUACUAUCUACAGUUUGAAGCCCGCAUGGGCAUGCGCAUCUUUUCGGACGUGGCUGUGGAUGACUUUUCGCUCAGUCCCGAAUGCUUUGGUCUAAACAUACCAGAAGAACAUCUUAAUGGCUACAAUUAUUGGGACGUCAGAUACAAUCAAAAGAGUCCUACGCAUCAUGACUUUGAUCACACGAACUACUUAGAGCUCACAAGCUGCGAUACUAGAGGUAUGAUAGGACCGACACAAUCGCAAUGCGAAAGCGCCUACAGAGAGCAGAAUCAGUCGCAUGUGCUUCGCGAGGUUCAUGUCGUCGAGGAUCAAAGCACCUACAAAGGCAUGCAAAAGUGGAAGGUGCCCAACGAGGGUCACUACACAAUCAUUGCCAAAGGCGCGAGCGGUGGUCUUGGAUCCGGUGGGGUGGGCAGCUCUCGCGGUUCUGUUGCCGUCGCUGUACUAGAGCUACACAAGAAUGAAGAGCUCUAUUUUCUGGUGGGACAGCAGGGCGAGAACGCCUGCAUCAAAUCAAUGAGCAUUCAUAAGGAAGCCGGCUGUGGCACAGAGCACGAUCUGGAUUUGGGGCAGUAUAGUUUUCGCUCCAAGCAGGACAUGGUGAAAAACAUAUACAUUGAAAAUGGCGCUGGCGGCGGUGGCGGAGGAUCCUUUGUUUUCCUUCUAAACCAGGCCAAGAACGAGGCCGUGCCAUUGCUGGUUGCCGGCGGAGGCGGUGGUCUGGGCAUUGGGCAGUACAUUGACGAGGAUUUCCAACACGGCCAGAAAGCCAAGCCACUGCAGGCACCCGAAAGCGGUCAGAUCAAUGGCGAACCACUCAACAAAAAGACCGCUGGCCCUGGAGGUGGGUGGCGUGCGAAGGAAGAUCAGGCCCUUAGCCCGACCUAUGGAGCAGCGCUGCUCCAAGGCGGACGUGGUGGUCACUCCUGCUAUGUAGAGCUGGCCGACAAUGGCACGUCUGUUCACAGGCAUGGACAAGGCGGAUUUGGUGGUGGCGGCGGUGGUUGCAAUACUGGAGGCGGUGGUGGCGGUUAUGCUGGCGGCGAUGUCUACCUUAAUGAGUCCAAUGGUGAAGGCGGCAGCUCCUACAUAAGCAGCAGCCGCAGCCUGAGAGACACCAGUGAAGUUCAUGCUGGAGCAAGCAGCGGUGCAGGUGCCAUCAUCAUCAUUCCAGCUAUUGAGGGCUGUGGCUGUGACUAUCGUUGUGUAGCUUUGGAUGAGUUUAGGUCCAAGGUGCGUUGCAUUUGCCCAGAGGGUUGGAGUCUAAAACGGGACAACAACACGGCCUGCGAACGGCAGGAAGAGGCGGGCAAAUCCUCCUAUCAGUAUUUGGUAUCCGGCCUCAUGUUUUCGCUUGCCGUGCUCUUCAUCAGCAUUGCAGCACUUAUAUUUAUGCUAUAUAAUCGUUAUCAACGCAAAAAGCAGGCAAAGCUGCGGCAUAAGAUGCUGGCGGAGCAGGAUCUGCAGCUUAGUCGACUUCGUCAUAAUAUUGAUGACUCUAAUCUGAAUAACUUCAAUCCCAACUAUGGCUGUGAUGGCAUACUUAAUGGCCACAUUGAUGUCAACAGUUUGCCGCAGGUGGCACGCGAAAGUCUCCAGCUUGUCAAUGCACUGGGCAAGGGUGCCUUUGGUGAGGUCUAUCUGGCGUUAUAUCGACAUCGCGAUGGUGAUGCGGUCGAAAUGCCAGUGGCUGUGAAAACCUUACGCGAGGAUCCCAAGCGUGAGAAGGAGGAGGAUUUCUUGAAGGAGGCCGCUAUAAUGGCCAAAUUCAAUCAUCCAAAUAUGGUGCAUCUCAUUGGCGUCUGCUUCGAUCGUCAGCCCUACUACAUUGUCCUCGAACUGCUGGCUGGCGGAGAUCUGCAAAAGUUUCUGCGCGAGAAUCGUAACACACCGGAGCGUCCUUCUCUACUGACCAUGAAGGAUCUACUUUUCUGCGCUCUAGACGUGGCCAAAGGCUGUCGCUACAUGGAAAGCAAGCGCUUUAUUCAUCGCGAUAUUGCCGCGCGUAAUUGUCUCCUGAGCAGCAAGGGACCGGGACGUGUGGUGAAGAUUGCGGACUUUGGUAUGUCUCGUGACAUCUACAGAUCAGACUAUUAUCGCAAGGGUGGCAAGGCAAUGUUGCCGAUUAAAUGGAUGCCUCCAGAGGCGUUCCUCGAUGGUAUUUUUACAUCCAAGACGGACGUCUGGUCGUUUGGCAUACUGCUCUGGGAAGUGUUCAGUCUGGGUCGCUCGCCCUAUCCCGGCCAGCAUAAUACCCAGGUAAUGGAGCUGGUGGUGCGUGGCGGUCGUCUUGGUUCGCCCACCGAAUGCCCUGUGUCCAUAUACAAGAUUAUGGCCGACUGCUGGAAUCCAACGCCCGAGGAUCGGCCAACUUUCACAAGCCUGUUGGAGCAUUUAACCACAUGCACGCAGGAUGCCAGCAUUAUGAAUGCACCGUUGCCCAAUAUACUGGGACCCACGGCAUCGGAACGCGAUGAAACUGUCAUCCGGCCACCCAACGGCGAGGAGUUCUGUCUAGCCGUGCCUGAUUAUCUGGUGCCGCUGCCCGGCAAUGGAGCACCACAUGCUCCCGGUGGCGUAGCAUAUGCACCAACCGCUCAGAGACAGCAAAACACAUGCACUCCCCCAGCUGUUACCUCACCCGCCGCACCAAAGCCAACAAUGCCGGACACUUUGGAGGAUGCUGCAGCCGCAGCUGGUCUAGUCGGCGGCGAUUGCUGGGAAACUUCGUUCAUAUUACCAAACUCGAAGAGCGACCAGCCGCUGCUCAGUGCCAGUGCCAUCACCACUAUGGCCAAUGGCGAUUCCCAGCGAAAUCUGCAAGCUGCGGCCGCUAUGGCUGCGGCCUCAGCCCAUGCCACCCCCAUAUUGCGGUCGCCCACGCAUAGCGAUGAGGCCAAACUGAUUAGUUUGGAUACACCGCAGCCGACGCCGACGACCAUACAACCGCCGUUGUCGUUUGCCUCCCAACUGGAUGGCAUUACACUCGAUCCAGCAGCGUUAUCAAAGAGUCUGACCAAUGGAAGCACACCCAAUGGAAGCGUCAAGCAGUCCUACGCCAAUGUGCAGGUUCAAAUGAAGUCUGAUCCGGACAGAGAAUGCAACAACAAGCUGAACGGUGGUUUACCUACAGGCAAUGGAAUCAUUCUCAAUGGAGAGACUGCAGGCGGCAAGAUAUCGGCAAAUGAUUCACCUUUCACCAUCCAAGGAUACGCGGAACGCUAUAAGGACAACAAUAAUCAUUCCGAAAUUAGUUGUUAGUGUCCAUCAGCCAAGGUCAUUGUGCAGCAUUUUGUGUGUCCUUUUCGGCCGCAAACUCAAAGUUUGCUGAAUCCCGAAAUGAAUCCAUGAAUACAAGUCUUGAAUUGUCGAAACAGUUCAACGCUUGUGAGAUAGUGAUGUGUACAUUAGGCUUCAGGGCUUCGUCCCAGUCAUGAUUUGUUUUUGGCGUUAAAAAGCGCAGUUUAAUAUACUAAUAAUAAUAUUUAUUGGAAAUGCGAAAAUAAACAAAAACGAGAUCACAAAAACAAAACAAUACAAAAUCGAGUGAGAAGUUCACAAAAAUUGUAAUGUACUCUAAAAUUAAUCUAAAUUUCUAUGCGCAUUGCUAUAAAUUAUACAAUUUUAAAAUUAUUUUAGUUUUAAAAACGAUUAGUUUAACAAUUGCCAGAGGUUGUACAUAAGUAUUGUAAUUUCAAGAUUAGUUGUCAAUUUGAAUAUUUAGUUUUAAUUUUUUUUUUUAUUAUUUAUGUUAAUUUAAGCUAAUGACUGAAAUGCUAAACAAUAUUCCUAAAAACCAACCAAUUAAAUUCAUGUUUUAUACAUAUGCAGUCCAAUCUAAUAACAGCAUCACACAACACAACAAAAACAAACAAUCAAACCAAAAUAUACCAGAUCAUAGUAGUUUUUAAUUUAGUUCUCAUUUCUUGUUAAAUAUUUCUGUAUUAUUUUAAAUGUUACGAAUAGUCCAUAUACAAUAAAAUGCAAAAUUUGAAUUUUAAAUAUUUUUAAUUUAUUUAGUCUGAAAUUUUAUUGAAAUUUAUCAUUUUAACCUGUAAAUAAAGGCUUCCGUCGUAGUAUAUGAA